GACACAAAGAAAAGAUGAAAAAAAUACAUUUUUCGUCUCGUCCUAUCAAAUCAUCCGCUUCUCCCAAUGAUGAGAACGAUGGACCCAAUCUGCUAAGGGGUUUGAAUUUGCAGAAACCGAUGAAACAAACUGUGAAGACUUUCAGUUUUCCAAGAAAGAAAGUCUUGGGUGAAAGAAAUGAAUCUCCAGGAUCAAAUUCCUCCAUUACCCAUUUCUCCAAAUCCCCAAGUCUUGAUUCAAAGCCCUCACCAAAUAUCAUUGCAAAAGCUUCCCAGAUGAAUUCCCCAAAUCUUGAUCCCAAAGUUAAUUCUAAAGAGCCUGCUUUUCAAAAGACACCGUUAUCGUACGGUUCCAGGGAUGGGACACCUUCACCGGGUCCUUAUGACCCAUUGAAGAAUUACCUUUCACCAAGGCCUCAAUUCCUAAGGUAUAAUCCCGAUAGGCGAAAGGAGAUCUUUUUACGCCUUGAAAUGGAAGGCAAAGAAGGGGAUAAUUCCACUCUAGAAUCUGAUGAAGCCGACACUGUUUCUAGUGACAAUUCUUCUUUGGCCUCUUCUUCUUCUUCUCAAGAAGAUGAAGAAUUCGGCGUCGAAAGUGAGAGUCUUUCGGACAAAGAAGAUGAAGAAUUUGAAGAGGGAGAGGAUGAAACAGCAUGGAGUCUGGGAGGAGUGUUAAAAUAUUUCCUUUUGUUGGUUGUGUUAUUACUAAGUACAUCAUAUAUUUCCUCCAUGAAUUCCCCCGUCUCUGCUCCAGCUUUUGAGGUUCCUACACUUGGUUUUCGAAAUCUUUCGUUUGGAAUAGAUGAGGGUUCUGGGUAUAAGUUCUUGGAUGGAAAAAAAGAGCUAUUGGGUUUGUUGAGCGUCACCCAAACCAUGGAAGAUGAGGUAAUUGUUGAAUCUGAAGAGAUGGUUGAAGAAGAACUAAUCAUGAAGGGAGAAGCUUCUGAGGAAUUUGCUGAGAACAUUGAGUUGCAAGAGAUAGAAGAAAAUGAGAUAAACAAUGUAGAGAAGAUUGAAGAUGAAUUGGAGGAAUUUGAGCUGCAGGAGAUGGGAGAAACUGGGGAGAAGAUUGAAGAAACCCAAGAUGUAGUUGAAGAGAAAUUGGUUGGGGAUCUCGAAAUCGAACAGCAGGGACAACAAACUACUGAAGAGAUUGAAUUCUUACAAGAUGAUCAACAGGCAAGUCUUUUUUCUGAAGGAACCGAAUCUUCAGAGGAAAUAAGGGAGGUUCCAAGGGAGGAAGAUGAAAAUCUUCACAUGGUUCAAGUCCUAAUAAUGCAAAUCAGUAUGCUGCAGAAGUGGGGCAGAUCCAUUUCUCUUAAUUUCCAAGAAGUGGAUCCACUGAAAGGGCUCAACCAUCACAUGGGAACUGAAAUGUUUCUCAAAGUUACGUUUGGGUUUCUAACAUGUGCUGCCAUUGUUGCAUCUUUUGUUUUUGGCUUUAACAUUAGGAGAAAGGGAAUUGCACCAAAGCUUUCUUCUUCUCCUGUGGAUAAGCAUUCAACUGAACCAGUUGAGGAGGACAAGAAGCCAAGUUUGCCACUUCCUGCAGAGAGGGAUGAUCCAAUAAAGUUCGCCGUUUCCAACACCAUGCCGUUGAUUACUACCUUUGCAGUUGGGAGCCGAGCACCUUCAGUUGAGUUGAUGGCUGAAUUUGACUUUUGUGAAAUAAGUAGAUCAGUUAAGAGCUCUGCUAUAAACAGCAGAAUGAAAGAUCAAGUGGGCAGCUAUUCUUAUUUUUCAGAAAAGGAUUUGGGGAGCAAGGAUCGACAAGGAUACUCAGACUUUCCUGUCGAGAACUCCAAUUCAUCUGAGAGAUCAAAUUCGACGUCAGCUGCCAAGAGGAAAGGGAAAGAGUUGGUGGGAAGCAACGAGGUGAUAACUCCGGUGAGGCGAUCGGCCGUGAACUCCAAUUCAUCUGAUAGAUCAGUUUCGACGACUGCUGCCAAGAGGAAAGGGAAAGAGUUAGGAAGCAAUAACGAGGUGAUAACUCCGGUGAGGCGAUCCGCCAGAAUCCGAAAUCGUGCAGACAUUGUAUCUCCAUGAAGGCAUUAUCAGAAAUAGCAUCUCUGUUGUUUCAUGUUCCAGAAAACUAACGUAGAAUUAGAAUUUAUCUGUCUUCUGACUGUAGUUGUGUUCUAUUUUAAUCUUGUAGG